UUGUUACAAGUUUAUACGCAGCCAGUAUCCUUAUUCUAAUACACUCAACCGACAGGCAGUAAUCUCCAGAAAAGUCAGUGCAGCUAACUUUUAGCUCCGGUGCUCCUACCUAAAUACAUGUAAAAGGAGAAUUCGUUUUUCUCGACAACCAUUGCAUCAAAUUUCACGAGGUUUGUUGCACUUAAAAGCAAAACUUAAUAUCUAGUGAAUGCUGGUUUCUAAUUUUUUACUGCGGUUGUCAACUAUUUAAAAUUGUCGAAAAUUGAAAAGUUUGAGAAAACGAAACUAUGAAGUUUACAAUUAACUCUAACUCGGCAAUGAAAAACGAUAUCACAAUUCUGUGAACUGCACUUUUUUUUUAAUCAGCAGGGCACUCUAAGUAUUUACCUGCGAGCUUGAGAAUCUGUACGACGCAUACGCCACUGUUCUCCUCGUUGUCUUCGUCCCGCCAGUAUGCGUCGUAACGCAUCGUAUUGUCAAAAUCCAAUUCAUUUUCGGGAUGGAAGUUAUUGACAUCGGUUACCGGUAUAACAUAUCGUUUGUCUGUCUUGUCUUCAACAAAUCGCACAAGAGCAAACAUCGCGCUUACUGAUACGAUGCACGCGUGCAAAACGAUCCGCAACACAAACGCGGCACCACGAAGCCGUGCGACACUCGCACCGCGCGCGCUCAGAUGCGCGGACUGCGGAGGAACACUAAUUGGCCUUCUCACGCUCUGGAGUUCUGCGGAGGGUUUGGAACACCAACAUGUAGAUCGCGCAUGUGCGUACAUUAAAUGGUAGUACAUUUUUAAUAAAGGGUAUUUGUUCAUACUUCAUAACAUGUAUUAUUGUAUAUUAUUCAUUUAUAAACAAUAUAUGACUCUUUACCAAAAGAGUUUGUAAAUUGCACGGUUGCGGAGCAUUUGCGGUGCGGGGUAUAGUGCUGCAGCACAAAAGGUUAUGGUAGAUUUUAGUCCAUGCGCAUGUGGUCCGCGCUCUCGACGCUCUGUUUGUCCGUGGAUCAAGAGCUUUAUCUCGUUCGCGAUUACAUAGCUGUACUUGUCUUGGAUACCAAAUGGCACCGCGAAAAAGGCGUAAAGUCUAUCUCGACCCUGGAUCAAGCAGCAGCAUGCCGAAGUCAACAAAGUGGCUCCUUCACCAUCCACUUGGCGCCGCUCCGCGAACACCAAAAGGUCACAAGUCGCCUAUGACAUCAACGAGAUCGCCAACAUCGCCAGCAAACUCUCUCGAGGACCAAAUCUGUGAUGAGUCUACAUACACAGACUUAACCCGAGAGAAGGACAGUGAUGAAGACUGCAGUGACUUUAGUGAUGGUGAACACCCAACUUCCGAUGCAUCUUUCUCCCAACCGGUGUCCGCGAAGGAAGACUGUUUGCCGGGCGAAAAUAGUGCGUGUCCGAGCGGUGAUCCGAAACAUAUAGAUGCUGAUGAACUCUGUGAACCAUUCAUUGAAGGUGGAACAGUCACCCGAGGAGAUGCCUAUAUGCUGCUGUUGGACUUGGCAAUUAAAUUUGGCCUAUCCUGGGCUGCAAUUGAAGACAUUCAGAAGCUUUUCAACAACCUUUUUGAGAAGAAAUGUUUUCCGGAAAGCAAAUACCUCUUCAAGAAUUUUUGUGGAAUUGACAUGAAGGAUGUGAUUUUCAAUUUUUACUGCGCAGAUUACAAGCAUCUGCUUGCUAAAACAACGGGAUGCCUGGAGCUGCGUCAAAAACUAGAAGUCAAAUGUACAGUCUGCAACACAAAAUAUGUAGGCCGUGAUCUUGUGCGCACAGGCAGCUUUUUUGUAACUUUGCCAAUUGAGAAGCAGCUGAUGGCAAUUCUUUCUAGCAAGACAGCCAACAGUGCGCUAGCAGCAAACCUCAGCCGGCCACAGAGCAGUAAUGGCUUAAUGACUGACAUCUUGGAUGGCCAUCAAUACCGCACUGCACGUGAAAAGGUUGGGAUGGCUACUCAUGAUUUAACAUUGACUGUGAACAGUGAUGGCAGUCCUGUGUUGAAGUCGUCAAAGUACAGCAUAUGGCCUGUGCAAAUAAUUUUAAAUGAAUUACCACCCCGGCUGCGUUGGAGCAAUGUAAUGGCACCACUCCUGUGGUAUGGGCAUCAGCAUCCAAAUAUGCCAAUGCUGCUGCAGGCAUUUGUGCAUCAACUGGAGCAGCUAAAUGCAACUGGUAUCACGUGGACACUUGCUGGCACACAAGUACGCUCUAAGGUAAAUGAUCCCGAACAGAAAAUUUUAACACAUUUACGACACAACUCUUGAGUAUAUAUUCACAUGAUAUUCCAUUAUUUUGCAGGUUUUCUGCAUAUGUUGCUGUGCAGAUGCACCUGCCAGAGCUGCAAUGCAACAAAUGGUCCAGUUCAACGGUUACUUUGGUUGUAGCUGGUGCUACCAUCCAGGAACCAAUGUACAAGGCAAGUCCUAUGCCACUCUUGGCUCUUUUGCUGUGGUCAGAAAGCUGGAUCAGUUAAAAUACAUGCUACCACUGCAAAAAAAUGUGCCAGUCUAUGUGGCUGAGUAUUCGGCACAUUUUAUCUCUAGUAUGGAUCAGUGUAGAGGGAAGUGUGAUUCAGUUACCGUAAAUUAAACUUGCUGUGUGUAUACUUUUGCUUUUUUUAACAGGUACUAUCAAAUACUGCUUGGAUCAGCUCUACCCUGAUCGCACUGACGAAGAAACUUUGGUGGACAUGAAGGCGGCUUGUCGUACUGGCACUACUGUACAUGGAGCCAAGGGCCCAUCUCCACUUAUUAACUUACCCGGUUUUAGCCCUGCUUGGUCAUGGUGCCCAGAUUACAUGCAUUGUGUUCUACUUGGUGUCGCAAGACAGUUGACAGAAUUGUGGCUCUCUGAUACAGGAGCAGAUAAUUACUGUGGCAUGCCCUCUACUGUGAGGGUUAUAAAUGAACGGCUUGGUGAAAUAAGAAUGCCUGUAUGUGUUAGCCGUCAGCCACGACCGCUGCAGGUUAGAAAAUAUUGGAAGGCCUCAGAAUGGCAGUACUGGUUGCUUUAUUACAGUGUACCUUGUCUCACUGGUGUGCUUGAGGACAAGCAUAUGACUCACUGGAACCUUCUUGCAUCAGGUGUAUUCAUCCUGCUAAAGGAUUCUAUUUCACGUGCAGAUGUAGACCUCAGCACACAACUACUUACAGAGUUUGUCGUUGGUGUUGAAUUUUUGUACGGCCGGAGCAACAUGACGUACAAUGUGCACCAGCUUUUACGCUUGCCAAAGUCGGUUGUUUUGUGUGGACCUCUGUGGGCACAUUCUUGUUUCUCAUUUGAAACAAAUAUGGGCAGGCUCUUGAAGCUAAUAACAUCUGCCAAUGGAGUGGCCUUGCAGAUUGCUAGCAGGCUUCUCUUGCGCAGCAGUCUGCUAGCCCUGAAAGCACGUGCAAGCAACUAUGCACUUUCGCUGAUCAAAGAAAGUGCUGCAAAAGAAUGCUUGGAAAACAUUACUUCUCUAGGCAAACCGGAGACAGUUCAUGAUUUUUCUGCCCAUACAGAACUACAGGGAAAGCAAAUAGUUGAAUUUCGUAGGAUGAAGGUUGGGUGCACUGUAAUUGCAUCAGAGCGAUACAGCAAACAUGUCAGAACAAAUAGCACUGCUAUUGUUUUUCCAGAUGGCACUUAUGCCAGGGUAAAAAGAAUAUUCUGCUCCAGAGAACCAUCGGGAGAACACUUCUUUAUUAUUUCUGAAGUAUACACUGUUGACUCUGUCCUGCCAAGUGAGCACAUUAAGAACGCAAAAAAACGAGGUGAUGAAUGUCCGCUCAAGAUUGGUGCACAGAUACGACCAUGCAUAUAUUUUUGUUUUAAUAACCACGAGUACUUUUGCGAUUUAGUUAACUAUUCUGAAUGGUUUUGAUGACCUAAUAGCUCACAAUAAAAAAAUUCUGGCACCAAAGUUUUUAAUGUGAAGCAUUAGGAUUGGCCCCUGGUUUAUUCUUGUCCAGCCAGAUAGCGUCAAAAAUAAAGUGUACAGUGGUAGACUUCGAACACAGGUCCAUCAGUGCUCCAGUAGGUAUAAGACUCUCUUCAUCCUUAGAAAGAUGUUGCCAUAUGCAGAAUAUUGGUCAGGACAGGGUAACAAAUGAAGAAAUCCAAUUUGAUGAUCUGCUAGUUAGGCUAUAGUAGCAUGUACUGCCUGCAGAGUACAUAACCUCAUGAGUUUCUUUUUCGCGAUCACUAGCUCUUUGAGAUGCCAUAUGAUGCUGAACUAACUUCAGUACCGACCAAGUAGGUUCAAGGUGCAACACCCAGCAGCUGCUGUCAAGUGAAACUAGAAAGUUAGUUAGUUAGUUAAAUGGGGUUUAAUGGCGCAAAAGCAGCUAAGGCUAUGCUGCGCCAAACACGAGGUGUUCUAAAAUACAGUUUAUAAAGUGAAAGACUGUUAAUAAUCUAUAUUUUAUGUAAAAAUCCAGUGUCGUCUAAAAAUUUACGGACGUCACAAAAUGGGACUAGUGGAUCAUCGCCUAAAAUUAGAGCAGGGUGUAACGGUAUGUGUUGUUCAUAUAAUUUGUGCAAGAGUGCUCGUCUGUGUGUUUCAAUCUGCGUACAUGUGAGUAAUAGGUGCAUAACUGUUAGUGGCUGUUGACAUUUCUCGCAUGUUGGUGUGUCUUCUUUCCUAAGUAGGUAAUUGUGUGUGAUGUGUGUGUGCCCGAUGCGUAGUCGGCACAAAACUACUUCGAUGAACCGCUCCUGAUGAUAGCAUGACUUCCAUUCCCCAACUAUGGGUUUCGUGAGAUGUAGCUUGUUGUCAGAACAACGGUCCCAUUCGCGUUGCCAUUUUACCGUUAAGGCUUUUCUAAUUGCGCGGAUGCUAUCUUUGUAUGGGAGUGUUGUGUUUGUAAUGUCUUCGUGUGCUGCCAUCAAUGCAUAUGUGUCAGCUGCUUCGUUACCCGGUAUCCCAACAUGGCUUGGGACCCAGCAGAAACGAAUUGACCUCCCGUAUUCGUUAAAAGCCACCAUGUUUAAAAUGUCUCCAAUCAGGGGUUCACACUCAGAUUUGAGAUGUAGUGCCUUCAGUGUGCUUAAAGAAUCUGUGUAUAUGACUGCAUUUGUGUGUUUAUCAGCGAUAAUUUUUUUCACAACAACCCAUAUGGCGAAAACUUCGGCCGUGAAAACAGAGGCGUGUUGUGGCAAUCGAAUACUUUUUUCCCAAUUUUCCGUUAUGACCCCCACACCCACGUGUUCUUUCGUUUUGGAGCCAUCAGUGUAAUAUUGCACGUUAUUUUUAUAUUUCUCCUGAAGUUCACGGAAUUCUUGUGUAAUGUGUUCGCGUGGGGUGUCUUUCUUCUUUAAAUGUGUCAA